AGUCGGAAUUCUGUCCGUAAUUCGCCAUUUUCUCCAUCAAAACUCAACUUGUACGUAAUAGAAACAUCAUAUUCAGAAUCAGGAUCAAAAGCUAAGUCCACUGGUGUGUAUUUCGAAACGUUUACUUGGUUUUCAUGUUUUGGUGAAAUUCUCGAUCAACGCGAAAAUUCGAAAAAAUCAAAGUACUCAGAUAGAAUAGCGACACACAUCAGUGGACUUAGCUUUUGAUCCUGAUUCUAAAUAUGAUGUUUCUAUUACGUACAAGUUGAGUUUUGAUGGAGAAAAUGGCGAAUUACGGACAGAAUUCCGACUUUUUCGCCUCUGAUAUAGAAAAAACGUAAUUUCUCAGCAAUGGAAAGGAAUGUUCAAAAAAGCGAUCUAUACCUUUUCCUCCACUGAUAUUAUGAUUCCAAUGAAGAUAAGAAAACUUUUUUAUCUCUUAACCAGAAAAACUAGAUAGGUUUGCAAGAUGAACAGGGGCUCAUUUCUGGUUUUACUCGGGUUUCUUAAAAUCCCAGGUUUCUGAAAAAUUAGGUUUAAAAUGAUAGAUCAAGAACAAAUAUGAAAAUUUUGGUUAUUUCUCAGAAUCUGAAGUAUUUUUGCCUGCUUUUAAAAAUCAAUAUUUUGAAAAUUUUUCACACGAAAAUGACUUCUGAAAUUCUCAAGUCGGCUUUUUUCUUUCUAACUCGAUGAGCUCUAUCCAACUGUGGCAGAGAGAAUGAAAAACAAAUUCUGCUCCCUUUUUGCAUUAUUGGCACCUUACUAAUAUGCAUCAAAAGUCUUUUCAUACCUGUCUUAAUAAAGCAGUAGAAGCAAUCAUAAAAAGAACUUCGUGUACAGUUACUAACAUGAGUCAUCAUUCAGUAACCGGUGGUCAAAGAAAAGAAUUGCUUGAUCGAUCGCAACAGAAAAUGUAUCUUCGAAAAACACUUUAAUGAGUUGUCUCUAGCAAAAUAUAAAUCUCUCUCAAUAUAAUUCUGACAAAAUUCUAGUAAUUCUAUAUACGAAUUAAUAGCAUUUGAUAGGUUUCUAAACGAUUUCCUGUGUUUAGUAGAAUCCUAUAUGAUGCAGGGUUACCGAUUUAGUUUGCAUAUAGUCAAACGCUUUACGGCUAAAACGCGUAACUGUCGCCCUCAGCUGCGGUGAAUUGAGCGAUAUUUUUUCUCUCAAACCAUCCUUAAAAGCACAUCACUAGACGCAGCUUUUUGCGCUGAUUACGAAUAUCAACUUCAAAGCGAACGAAACUCAAGUGUUUAGAUGGAAAAUUCAAAUUUGAAAUUUAGAAGUUUUUUUAUUUUAAUUUUCUGAUCUACUUAGGUUUCUAAAAAAUUUCAGAAAGUAUAUCAGUGGACAGAGAAUUAAAUUCUCUACAAAAUACACUAUUCAGCUACAGAUCUACAAAGCAUUCAACGUGUAAAAGGAGGCAGCUGCUGAAAAAGAAUCUUUUUGCAGCUACCAGAUUGUCAACCGGGGUGUAGCCAAUUGAUCGUAUCGUUCAUAAGUCUUCUUUUCUCGUUUUUAGAAUCUUUAAUAGUGGUUGAACCGACGCAGGAUCAACUAUCCCGACUAUUAUCUAUUGACUUAUCGAAAAUAACCCGUUUGAUAGUUAAAAAUAAAUUUGAGUUUUGCCCCCGUGAUGUGGAAAAUGUAUUUUCAAAACAAAGUUUAACGUCAUUUACGGCGUCAUCAUUUUGGACAAAUCCGACGUCAGAUGUAAAAUUCGAUAGAAUUCAAACUUCUAACCUCGAAUAUGCUUCAUUAUCUUGUUACUGGUUCCAUGAUUUCGUUAAAUUAUUGCAGUUUAUGCCGAAAAUUCGUCGACUAAAGAUAUUCAUUGCAUCCAUUCGAGGAGAAACAAACAAUGAUUAUCAUCAGGAUGUAUUUGGUUUAGCUCCAAAUCUGACGCAUUUCAUCAUGACAAGUCGCGGUCCCAAAUUUUCUCAUAUUGCAUUAUUGUUAAAACAUUUGUCAGUGCCAAAACUGACAUAUCUAUCAUACACAUUGGAUUUUUCGGCUGAAAUAAUCGACGCUCAAGAGUAUGAAAGGCUGUUGUCAGGUUUUCCUUCAUUAAAAACAUUUCAUUUGAACAUAAUUAUGGUACUGAUAGAUACAAUUCGAAAAUUUGAUGAAGUAGUACUUUCAUUUCGAACAUCGUUUUGGUCCGAUCAUCAGUGGCUUAUUCAAUGUGAUUACGUCGACGAAUUGCAUUACGGACGUAUUUACACGCUACCAUUUAAUUUUGACCAAUUUUUCACUUGUAUGUCAAUGAAAACAAUGAAAGAUGAAAUCAGAUUUCCUAUCGGUUCACAUAGUAAAAUCAUCGAUUUAGAAGUCUACAUUAAAUCGAGUACAGCACAAACAACAACUACAACUGCAUCACCAUCUCAUCACUAUCCAAAUGUUGAAUUGUUGACAUUGACUGCCAACGAUCGACACCGUUUGGGUAUAUUUACCUUACCUCUUGCGUCUUUGCAACAAAUAAUUUGCUGCUCAACGAUUAAACAUUUGAAUAUAUAUAACCUUGAUUAA